ACCCCCAUUGUGGUGGAUCUCCGGCUCACACACUUUGCCAGACUUCCAGGAGUUGGAGCGACUGACCGAAGACGGAACACCGACAACGUUUUAAAAAAGAAACCCCGUGUCUUCUUUUACGCAUGGAUCUACUUUACUCUCUUCAGGGAUAUCAAGGAGCUGCAAUGGUUUCGGCUGCUGGGAAUUUUGGAGACUUGUACCGGAGAGAAAGGGCACACGUCCCCUACGCUGCAAAGUUGUAAAAGUAGUUUCCCUUGAAGUUUUUUCCGCCACCAGUUCAGACUCCGUGUUUCUCCAGCUUGCAGACCCACAGCCAUCAUGGCGAGGCGGACCGGGGAGAAACCUCUGGGUUUGACGCCGAAUACGCGCGCUGCUUUCCGGGAUAAGCGCCUUCGGUUUCACCGGGGCUUGUUGGCUUUUUCGUGGAGCUUCGUUUUGAUCUGCUCGGCUCUUUCUUGUGGAUAUUGCAGAGCCGAUUCGGAGUUUUCCAUCCUGGAGGAAGCGCAAGUUUUGGCCGAUCAGAUGAAAAAGCUGUCCUCUCAGGAGCUGGGAGUCUUCACUAUGCAGAGGAUUUUCAACUCGUUUGUGUACACUGAGAAGACAUCAAACGGAGAGACAGAAGUGCAGCAGUUGGCCAAGAAGAUCCGUGAAAAGUUUAACCGCUACUUGGACGUAGUGAACCGGAACAAACAGGUGGUGGAGGCCUCGUACACCGCUCACCUCACCUCGCCACUCACUGCGAUACAGGACUGCUGCUCCAUACCUGCAUCAAUGAUGGAGUUUGAUGGAAACUUCAAUACCAAUGUCUCCAAGACCAUCUGCUGUGACAGACUUUCCCCCAACGUCAACAGCCGAGCUUUCAACCCUGGACGGGACCUCAACUCAGUAUUGGCAGACAACCUGAAGUCUAACCCGGGGAUAAAGUGGCAGUACUUCAGCUCCGAGGAGGGCAUCUUCACGGUCUUCCCUGCCCACAAGUUCCAGUGCAAGGGAAGCUAUGAGCACCGCAGCAGGCCUGUGUACGUGUCUGCGGUGCGUCCCCAGUCUAAACACAUCGUGGUGAUGGUGGACCACGGAGCGUCUGUAACUGACACCCAGCUUCAGAUCGCCAGGGACUCGGCACUGGUUAUCCUUAAUGCCGUAGAUGAACAUGAUAAGAUCUCCAUCUUGUCAGUGGCAGAGACGGUUCGCUCCUGUUCUCUGGACCAGUGCUAUAAGAGUUUGCUGUCUCCAGCCACCAGUGAGACCAAGAGGAAGAUGAGCACCUUCAUCUCCAACAUCAAGGCGUCUGAUGGAGCCACACAGCACGCAGCGGGCUUCCAGAAGGCCUUCCAGCUGCUCCGAAACACCAGCAGUAUCUGCAAACGGACCACAGACAUGGUGAUCAUCUACCUGUCGUCUGGUAUCACGUCUCGAGAGUCAUCAGAGCAGGAGAAGAGAGCGACACUCAGUGUGGUCAGAGAGGAGAACCGACACCUCAACAACUCAGUCAUGAUCCUCACAUAUGCUCUCAUGAAUGAGGGAGUAACAGGCCUAAAGGAGCUCGCCUUCCUGAGAGAUCUCGCUGAGCAGAAUUCUGUGAAAUACGGUGUCGACCGCAUGUCGGAUCGAGACCGCUCCUCUGUGGCGUUCUCUUCUGGAUCAGCAGGAGCUUCCAUGAUGCCGGUGGUGAAGGGGAGCAUGAUGGUGCUAAACCAGCUGAGCAACCUGGAGACGACAGUGGGGCGCUUUUACAUUAACCUGCCCAAUCGCAUGAUCGACCUGGCCCGCUUCAGCCUGCCCUACUCUGACCCCAUGGGAGAUGGGUUUAUUAUGACUGUGAGCCGGCCAUGUUAUUUUGGUAACCUGCUUCUGGGCGUGGUCGGGGUGGAUGUGAACCUGGCCUACAUCCUAGAGGAUGUCACCUACUACCAAGACUCCCUGGCUUCAUACACGUUCCUCAUCGACAAUAAAGGUUACACCCUGAUGCAUCCGUCACUGACACGGCCCUACCUGAUGACCGAGCCUCCCCUUCACACUGACAUCAUCCACUACGAGAACAUCCCAGGAUUCCCUGUUGUCCGGCAGAACAUCCUCAGCCUUCCUCUGGGCAGUCAGGUCAUAUCUGUCCCAGUCAACUCCUCUCUGUCCUGGCACACCAACCGACUCCGGGACAACAGCAAAGAUGCAUACAACGUCAGCUACGCCUGGAAACUGGUUCAGGACACGUCUUUUAUCCUGUGCAUCGUGUACGUGCAGCCAGAGAUCCCGGUGAAGCAUCUAAAGAACCUGAACACAGCUCCCAGCUCCAAGCUACUGUACCACCGGUUAGAUCUGCUGGGUCAGCCCAGCUCCUGCCUGCACUUCAAACAACUUGCCACAGUUGAAUCCCCUACAGUGAUGUUGGCAGCUGGUAGUUUCUCCUCUCCCUACGAGCACCUCAGUCAGCCAGAAACAAAGCGCAUGGUGGAGCACUACACCGCCUACCUGAGUGAUAACACCAGGCUCAUCGCCAACCCAGGCCUCAAGUCCUCUGUCAGGAACGAGGUUAUGGCGACCAGUCACGUCACGGAUGAGUGGAUGACACUAAUGGAAAUGAGUAGCCUCAACUGCUACAUUGUGCGCCGUUACAUAGCAACGCCCAGUGGGGUGCUCCGGAUUUACCCUGGAUCACUGAUGGACAAAGCCUUCGACCCGACCCGAAGACAAUGGUACCAGCAUGCUGUGGCUAACCCCGGUCUCAUCACCUUCACGGGACCGUACCUGGAUGUGGGCGGGGCGGGCUACGUCGUCACUAUCAGCCACACCAUCCAUGCCUCCAGCUCCCAGAUGGCCCCUGGUUAUGCAGUUGCAGUGAUGGGUAUAGACUUCACUCUACGCUACUUCUAUAAGGUCCUUCUGGACCUGCUGCCGAUCUGCAACCAGGACAAAGGCAACAAGAUCAGGUGCUUCAUAAUGGAGGACAGAGGGUACCUGGUCGCUCACCCAACUCUCAUUGACCCCAAAGGUCAUGCCCCUGCAGAGCAACAGCACAUCACACACAAGGAGCCACUGGUGGCUAACGACAUCCUGAACCAUCCCAACUUUGUCAAGAAAAACCUGUGCAACAGCUUCAGUGAUCGUACCGUUCAGCGCUUCUACAAGUUCAACACCAGCAUAAUGGGGGAUCUAACCAACCUGGUUCAUGGUAGCCAUUGUUCCAAGUACCGUCUGACUCGAAUCCCUGGCACCAACGCCUUCGCUGGUAUCGUCAACGAGACGUGUGACUCUCUGGCGUUCUGUGCCUGCAGCACCGUGGACCGGCUCUGUCUCAACUGCCACAGAAUGGAGCAGAAUGAAUGCGAGUGUCCAUGUGAGUGCCCCCUGGAGGUCAAUGAGUGUACUGGAAACCUCACCAAUGCUGAAAACAGGAACCCAAGCUGUGAGGUGCAUCAAGAACCCGUCAGUCUGAAUGUUAUUGAUCCCAGUUUGCAUGACACCCUGCCCCAGUGUAUCAACACCCGCUGUAGCCAAAGAUACACCAGCAGUGACUGUUUUGGUGUGUUGGACUGUGAGUGGUGCAUGGUGGACAGCGAUGGUAAGACUCACCUCGACAAGCCAUACUGUGCCCUGCAGAAGGAAUGUUUUGGAGGCAUCGUUGGCGCCAAGAGUCCCUAUGCUGAUGGCCUGGGACUGCUAGAUGAGGAGGUGGCAUCUCUGAACAUGAUCAAGAGCGCCCCUGUGGGUCCAGUCGCCGGGGGCAUUAUGGGAUGCAUCAUGGUGUUGGUGCUGGCUGUGUAUGCAUACAGACACCAGAUCCACAGGCGGUCGCACCAGCACAUGUCACCACUUGCAGCACAGGAAAUGUCAGUACGAAUGUCCAAUCUGGACAAUGAAAGAGACGAGAGGGAUGAAGACAGCCAUGAGGAUAGAGGAAUCAUCAGUAACACUCGAUUCAUCGCUGCGGUGAUCGAGCGGCACACUCACACUCCGGAACGGAGACGCCGGUACUGGGGUCGAUCUGGGACAGAGAGUGACCAUGGCUACAGCACCAUGAGUCCGCAGGAGGACAGCGAGAAUCCACCUGGGAAUAACGACCCACUCUCGGCCGGUGUCGACGUUGGUAACCAUGACGACGACCUCGACCUGGAUACGCCUCCUCAGACGGCAGCGUUACUCAGCCACAAGUUUCACCCUUACCGGCACACACAUACGCACCACCACCCGCUGCACACGCACACGCACCACCUGCAGGCUGCGGUCACCGUGCACAGCGUGGACGCCGAGUGCUGAUCUUCAGCGCCAGGGAUGGGACCUUUUUUUUUUUUUAUUAAAGACUAUUUUUAAAAACAUUUGUGCUCGAUUGGGUACUGUCAGGAUGGACAGAGGUAGAGAGAAGCUACAGCUGGACUCGCUGGGCCGCUGGGAUCUCUGCCAUGAAUGGAUGUUUAGCUUAACAUGGGUAUUAGCCUCAUGGUCUCAUUGUGCCAACAUCUCCAUCUCAAAUCUUUUUUCAACCCAGUCCAAAAUCUGGCAUGUGUACACAGUUUUACACACACUGAAGAUGACCAGACUUGGGCCAGUAAAAAUAACCAAAUGGGAUUUUUCUUUGUUGUUUUUCUGAAGGAAUUUGGCAUUCAGGACUCUGUAAGAGCACAAAGAAAUGCUGUUUGAGCCCAUUCAUUGAGAAGAGGACACAACUGGAACGUAAAGAGGACAUAGCAAACACUUUAUAGGACCAGAGGAUAAUCAAAUUAACAUAGAAAUCUAAAUGCUGAUCGGACCCUUUUUUGCCCCAGUGGUCCAUCGUAGCCUUCCCACUAAGCCCACUUGGGUUGAGGUGAACAGAAGCACUCCUUACUUUUGUGAAACGUCUCAGAUGAAAAGUAAAAAAUCCUGCAUUUUUACACUCACCGAGACCUGAUAUGAGAUUCUGUCAUGGAUCCUCUGUUCUGCAGAUUGACACUCCACAGUUGGUUUUCUUUGAAAGAUAUUUUGACAUUUUCAUGUGUGUCUGUGAACUUCAAAGUGCAAAAAAAAGCAAUGAUUCAUAAAAAUACAGGAAAAAACACUUUAAAGAGGAAAAAGAUUAUUUUUCUACUAUUUAUUGAAGAGGUAGAUGACAGAUGAGUAAGCUGUUGCAGCAAACACAGAAGACAAAGUAGUCAGGAUAAAUGUACCAACACAAUUCCUGUAACGAUGCAUCAUAUUUAAGGCUCAUUAUUUCCCUAUAUAUGGGUGACUGCUUCUGUUUAUUUAGAAUUUUAAGAAUUUCAGACAGUGUGGAACAUUUUUAGGGUUUUAUUCAUCAUUCUGAGGGACUCUUAUUUGCAUUUUAUUUCCAUUUUUCCUCUUAACUUUCUUUUACCAGAAGCAUUUUCUGAGCUGUCUUCUCCACCAGAGGAUCCCUUUCACAAUAUAAUAUCCUGAAUAUUGUCUUCUUAAAGCAGGAAACGUUUUUGGAUGAGCAGGGACUUAAAAUCAGAUCGGCUCCUUAAAAAUGUUCUUUCUUUUUCUUUAAAUGCAGGUAUUUUUCAGUAGGGCUGUGCCUGAAUAUUCACCUAUUUGGAUAUUUGUUGAUGAGGUAACCAGACAGUUUUCCAUUUUGGGCUUUAGAUAUCCGUUUUUUUUUUUUUUGUAAUACUUUAGAAUGACAGAAUAAUCAAUGGCUUCAAUUUAACUAACAUAUGUGUUGCAGCACAGUUUUUCCAUUUCAGCUUUGUGUGUGUUGGCCCCCCCAAACGAGGCAAAUAUUUAAAUUUGGAAUAUAUGUUGAUUACUACCUAAGCUCCAGAGUAGGACUGGGCAGUAGUUACAGUAGAAAUGUUAUUUUCUGAACUUACCAAACUGUUUAAUCCAUUCAAUAAUUUCCCUUUACCCUCAUUAUUCCAGAGACCAUUUAAAUAAGGAUUAUACCUACAUUACUACAUGAUUAUUUAUCAAAAAUAUAAAGUGUAAAUAUUUUGUAAAAGCACAGAGAAUCAACCCUCCAAUAUUUCAUCUCUAUAUUGAUAUCUAUGUAUGUGUGGUCAAAAAUAUUGCCCAGUCCUACUCCAGAGCCAAAUGAAUGGUGUUCGGGACAGCCCUAUUUUUGAGUAAAUAUCAGUUAAAAAAAGGGAAAGGAUGAGCCUUAAAUCACAUCCUGUCUCAGAGUAGUUAGGAGGAGGUAGUCUUUGAUAUAUGGCACAUUUUUCUUUCUGUUUUCCCAGUUCUGAAUCAUUGAGUUUAUUGCGUUAUUGUAAGGUAUGACUCGCUGUGUUGAGCAUCCUCAUUCUAGACAUGUGGUCUGUAUCAGGAGGCAGAACUUGUAGGCCUCAGUAAACCUCCUGAGGAUGGAGGAGGAAAGAGAGAACAUAACACCGGCAAAACAUUCCUGGCUUUAGUCACUGCUGGAGAUCUGGUGUGUCCGGAUAAUUGGGGAUCCUCGCAGAGGGUCCUGAGAGAUUCACAAAGACUGAGAGUGCUCUCCCCUUGAUCCUGAGUAGAAGUACCAGUAUAGAAAGCUCCCAUUUCACCACAACUUUUGUUGCCCCCUGAGGCCAAGCUGAUACCGUGUGUAUGUUGAGGUUGUGUGCUGGAUUUGGUGCAAAGCAAGUUACAUUUCCAGUGAUGCCCAAGAUGGAGUCUCCUUCUCGUCAAAGAGAGUGAAAGAGGGAGAGAUGCUGCUGUUGUUGUACAGAGGUUACACCCAUCUGUCGGCUCCUCUGUGGUUAACCACUCAAAAUGUAUUUUCUACACGUCUCUGGUUUAACUGUCAUGUGUAUGAGUGUGUAUUUGUGUGUGUGUGAGAGAGAGAGAGAGUGAGCGUGAGAGAGCGAUUAUACACCUGGGACAUUUUCAAUGAAUGCAUUAUUGUAUUUUUUUCAAGAUAGUAUUAGAGAAUUAUAGGUGAAAUUAUUAUGAUUGAGAAAUCCACUUAUUUUUAUUCUGAUGAAGAGUCACUUGACCCGAUCUGUGCUUUGUGGGUUUGAUUGUCCAGCUGGUCAAAAAUCACAUCAGUGUGGCAUCCAUUUAUUUUUGGGUGCAAAAAAUGUCUAUUGUUUUUCAAGAGAUUCAUUAUGAAGUGUAAAUACAGAAUCACAAAUAGCUAUUAAUGUCCUGUACACUCCAUUUUUUUAUGUUGGUUAAAACAUGUUUAUCAAAUGAUGCUCAGAUGUUCUGGUUUGAUAUUUUUGUUUGUUCAUGGUGUCUCACUAUAUUUUGAUGCCUUGGAUGUUCUUUUAGAGUUAUUUUUCUUUAGGUCCAUAUUGGAUGGAAGUCAGUACUUUUUAAUUAAUACACACACUUUUUUAUGUUUGAGAGACUUGUAGUUUUUAAUAUGUCUACAGAAAUGUUAAAGGAAGCUCCUCUUUCCAUGAACUAAUUUAGAUUUGCAAAAUAAAGGUACUACAUCUAUUCACAGAGUAAAGACAAAAACAUCACACUUGUAGUGGAUUCAGGGUUUACAGGAGGCUGCUGUAAACUGUGUUAUAGUUCUGUUGCUACUUAAGACUGUCAGCCAUAUUCAUUUAUUUUAGUGUGUUCGUCACUUUAAAAUAUUUUCCUUAGAGCACCCAAUGCAUGCACAUUUUAAGAUGCAAAAGUGCUAAAUAUUUUUGACAUCUUGGGUCAAGCAGCAAGAUUAAAACAAAGUUGUAUUAUCCACAGAAAGAUUUAUUAAUGUGGUUAUAACAUCAUACAAUUUAUUGAUAAACCAUAAAGACCAGUUGUUGUUGUUUUUUUAAACUAUGAACGUAAAAAAAAAAUCUACCUUUAGAAUUGCCCUGUUUUUUCCACUUCACAUACUAUAUAAUUUUGGUUAAAUUGGUCAUCAAAAAAGUCUUUAGCAUUUAAGGGCAGAUGUUUCGAUGUGUGUGUGCCGGAGCAAAUUCCUUUUUCCAAAUUGAAUUUGUUGAAAACAUUUUUGUCUGGAUAACUUUUAAACAGUAUUUACCAGCUGUUGUAAACAAGUGUGUGCGUGUGUGUGUGCGUGUGCGUGCCUGCGUGUGUGUGUGUAUACAGAACACUCUGAAUCGCAUUGAUUAAUGUACUGAAGGAACAUUUGUACAUCACCCCCCCAUGUAUCAUAUAAAGUUAUCAAAUUGAGAUUUAUUGCAAUGUGAAUGUGAUAAAGUCCAUUUUACACUUAAAA